AUGGAGGACCAAAAUUGCCCGGCUUCUGUGAUGACUCGGAAGAGAAAAUCCCAAGAAGAAGAUAAUUGCAUUUCAAGCACCUUUUAUAUGGAUGAGCUUAAUGAAGACCUCCUGGAAAGGGUCCUCUCAAGGCUACCAACCUCUGCAUUCUUCCGCCUUACUUCGGUGUGCAAAAGAUGGAAAUCGGUUGCAUCUUCUCCUAGUUUCAAGCUUGCCUGCUCUCAGAUUGCUUCACGGGAUCCAUGGUUUUUCAUGGUCGAUCCCCUUCUCAAUCGAUCAAUAGUCUUUGACUCCACUGAAAGAAGCUGGAAAAAACUUAAUCAUCCACCUCUCCUCCAGAAAAACUCCAACUGCAAUUCCAUGCCUGUUUCAGCCUCUGGUGGCUUGAUCUGUUUCCGAAAUUCAUAUGGCAACUUCAUUGUGUGCAACCCCGUGACAGGGUCUUGCAACGAACACCCUCCGCUGGAUCCAUCCCUACAAAAUCUCACCUUCCAUGCCAUUGUGAUGCAUUCAUGUCCCAAGUAUGAGCAGUCCUCUUACAAGCUUGUUGUUGUCUUUGGUGAACUUCCAAAGCUGUCAUUCAGAGCGUAUAACUCAGACACCGGUUCCUGGGAAGAAGAGACCGCCUUGUGUAAGAAGUUUGAUGAUGAUUCUGCAGAAUCUGAAUCAAGUGAGGACAAUGCUGCUGUUUACUUCCUUAGCAAGGCUGGGAAUGUAGUGGCAACCAACAUGCAACGAAGCCCAUCUAAGCAAUACUCAUCAGUGAUCACUACUAGUAAAGAUGGCGAGGAGAUAGUCCAUUUCCUAAGCUCAUCAGGGUCAGUUGUGGCUUGCAAUCUGGCCACCAAGUGCUUCUCUGAGUAUCCCAGGCUUUUGCCCGUCUUCUUCGAGUACUCCAUUGAUUUAGUGGAGUGUGGAGGCAGGAUGUUAGUGAUUCUGCUGUCAGAAUUCUUCGAAAGCGCUAGCCUCAGGGUGUGGUGUUACGACGAGGAUGUUCGAUCUUGGCACCAAAUUGCAGCAAUGCCUCCAGCAAUGUCCCAUGAGUGGUAUGGCAAGAAUGUGGAUAUAAACUGUGUUGGGGCUGGUGACCAGAUACUGAUCUGCUUAAGCUCUGCUGAGAUUUCUAGCUGUGUUCUGUGUGACUUGGCUGCCAAUGAAUGGGUUGAAUUGCCCAAAUGUUUUAUGGAUGGUGAAGCCAUAAAGUUCAUGUCUGCCUUCUCAUUUGAGCCAAGGAUUGAGGCUUCUGUAUGA